UAGAGAUAUACAGUACCUGUUAUAUUAACAUGAUAGUAUUUAGAUUGAUUUUAAAACCACAGUCAAGUUGACUAGUCUUAUAGUUACUGAUAGAUCUGAACACUCCGAUGAAAUGAAGGACGUAAAGAUUUUUGUUACAUUCAUUGGGAUAUUAACAACUGCCAAUGCGCAAAAAUGUGUCUUGAAUAUGGACACUUUAGAACUUCAAGGCAACUUUGAUUUCUCUAAGUUCAUGGGCACGUGGUUUGAAGUGAAGGCCUGGUUUCACAGUGGCGUAUCUGUGGAUACUUUGUGGAAUGAUUACUAUAGACAAUACAGUGAGAAGUCAACUGGCAUGGCUGAUGUAUUAACUAUAGGGCGACCUAAAAAUAGCACUGAAUGCACACAAUGGACUGGGCACAAGUUAGUUUUAGGUGGAAGACUUUACCCAGCUAGACUCACGUUGAAAUUGAAAACGUCUCGAGGAACCAUUGUGGACAAACCGUUGUAUGUGGUAGCAACUGAUUAUGACAACUACGCAUUGACCGUAGAAUGUAUGAAUAGAGCAACACUGUAUGCCAAUGGGACGUGUCUUCCUGAUCCGAAUGUGUACGUUCUAAGUAGGAAAACGGCAUUAAAUCCUGCUGAUGAAGCACGUGUAGAUGACAUCAUAAACACUAAGAUAUGUCAUACUGGCCUCGAUGAAUACAGACCAAACAUCCACGGCAAACAAUGUGAAUUACCUGGAAAUGGUGCUUCAACGAUCUCACUUCGGCUGUGUCCGUUCAUAGCGUUGUUUUCAGUGUCCAGUCUCUUAAGGAUGAUGUUGUGAUCGGACUGAUGUUUUGAUUGACCAAUCUUUUUAAGGAUUUAUCUCAAGUCGCAAAGUUUGCUGGACAACAUGAUGUCGGGAUUUCUCUGAAUUUAGAAUACUCACAUUACAUACACUAUAUUAGUCAUAUACCUUUUUUAAAUCAAUAUUUACUAGUCUUUAUAGAUUUAGAGCGACUACAGCAAAGUGUAAAAAUGAGCGAAAUCGGUUGGAUUCAGUUCCUCCAUCAAAAUAGGAGAAGAACAGGAUUUAAAAUAUUGUAAGCUUAUUGUAUUUACUGCAAUAUUGUAUUGUAUUAUCCCUAGUUCCUCCUAUAAAUGUGCAAAAAUAACGAUUACAAUAUUUUAAAUUUAAACUUGUUGUUCAAUCAGCAUUUGAUAUUACCGAGAAGUUCGUUACUCAUGCCUCCACAUUCAUAUUACUAGUAGUUGAUAAAAAAAACAAAAAAAAAACAAGACGCUUUAUUAUGUCCAUAUGAUUUGUAUCCUCCAACACAUGCUUAACACAUUCUAUUUACUAAGGAACUAGAUAUAAUUGAGACUUUAUAUGAAAAUAAUUUAAAUACUACAUUGAUUAAAUUACCGUGUCAAAUUGCAAUAUCCGGGUGUUGUAACAAUUCAUUGUGCAUAUUCUCGAUAUCGCAUUGUAACUUGUUUUUUGUUGUUUAUUUCCGGACGCAAUUUAUGUCAAGUUGGAUUGUAUUUCCAUUGCUAGUACUUCCGAUAUACCUGCAAACGAGUAAUAUGAGUGUUCAUGUUAUGGAUAAACAAUGAGACUUAGGUGUUUGGAAAAAUAAUAAAAUUAAAAAAGAUAAUGCCCA